AUGUGUGUGAAGCAUGUGAACCUCCCCUCAUAUCCCACUGCUCUGAGUUCCUGUGAAUGGGCUUGGACACUGCCACGCCCCCUUCUGCCCAACAGCUCAUGCACUGCCGAGGACAACACACCACGUCGCAUCGCGCCACUCGUCUCUGCAAGCAACUUCAGUGGAUACACUAACAAAGUAGAGAGAGAGCGGGGAGUCGAGAGCGGGGAGUCGAGAGCGGGGAGUCGAGAGCGGGGAGUCGAGAGCGGGGAGUCGAGAGCGGGGAGUCGAGAGCGGGGAGUCGAGAGCGGGGAGUCGAGAGCGGGGAGUCGAGAGCGGGGAGUCGAGAGCGGGGAGUCGAGAGCGGGGAGUCGAGAGCGGGGAGUCGAGAGCGGGGAGUCGAGAGCGGGGAGUCGAGAGCGGGGAGUCGAGAGCGGGGAGUCGAGAGCGGGGAGUCGAGAGCGGGGAGUCGAGAGCGGGGAGUCGAGAGCGGGGAGUCGAGAGCGGGGAGUCGAGAGCGGGGAGUCGAGAGCGGGGAGUCGAGAGCGGGGAGUCGAGAGCGGGGAGUCGAGAGCGGGGAGUCGAGAGCGGGGAGUCGAGAGCGGGGAGUCGAGAGCGGGGAGUCGAGAGCGGGGAGUCGAGAGCGGGGAGUCGAGAGCGGGGAGUCGAGAGCGGGGAGUCGAGAGCGGGGAGUCGAGAGCGGGGAGUCGAGAGCGGGGAGUCGAGAGCGGGGAGUCGAGAGCGGGGAGUCGAGAGCGGGGAGUCGAGAGCGGGGAGUCGAGAGCGGGGAGUCGAGAGCGGGGAGUCGAGAGCGGGGAGUCGAGAGCGGGGAGUCGAGAGCGGGGAGUCGAGAGCGGGGAGUCGAGAGCGGGGAGUCGAGAGCGGGGAGUCGAGAGCGGGGAGUCGAGAGCGGGGAGUCGAGAGCGGGGAGUCGAGAGCGGGGAGUCGAGAGCGGGGAGUCGAGAGCGGGGAGUCGAGAGCGGGGAGUCGAGAGCGGGGAGUCGAGAGCGGGGAGUCGAGAGCGGGGAGUCGAGAGCGGGGAGUCGAGAGCGGGGAGUCGAGAGCGGGGAGUCGAGAGCGGGGAGUCGAGAGCGGGGAGUCGAGAGCGGGGAGUCGAGAGCGGGGAGUCGAGAGCGGGGAGUCGAGAGCGGGGAGUCGAGAGCGGGGAGUCGAGAGCGGGGAGUCGAGAGCGGGGAGUCGAGAGCGGGGAGUCGAGAGCGGGGAGUCGAGAGCGGGGAGUCGAGAGCGGGGAGUCGAGAGCGGGGAGUCGAGAGCGGGGAGUCGAGAGCGGGGAGUCGAGAGCGGGGAGUCGAGAGCGGGGAGUCGAGAGCGGGGAGUCGAGAGCGGGGAGUCGAGAGCGGGGAGUCGAGAGCGGGGAGUCGAGAGCGGGGAGUCGAGAGCGGGGAGUCGAGAGCGGGGAGUCGAGAGCGGGGAGUCGAGAGCGGGGAGUCGAGAGCGGGGAGUCGAGAGCGGGGAGUCGAGAGCGGGGAGUCGAGAGCGGGGAGUCGAGAGCGGGGAGUCGAGAGCGGGGAGUCGAGAGCGGGGAGUCGAGAGCGGGGAGUCGAGAGCGGGGAGUCGAGAGCGGGGAGUCGAGAGCGGGGAGUCGAGAGCGGGGAGUCGAGAGCGGGGAGUCGAGAGCGGGGAGUCGAGAGCGGGGAGUCGAGAGCGGGGAGUCGAGAGCGGGGAGUCGAGAGCGGGGAGUCGAGAGCGGGGAGUCGAGAGCGGGGAGUCGAGAGCGGGGAGUCGAGAGCGGGGAGUCGAGAGCGGGGAGUCGAGAGCGGGGAGUCGAGAGCGGGGAGUCGAGAGCGGGGAGUCGAGAGCGGGGAGUCGAGAGCGGGGAGUCGAGAGCGGGGAGUCGAGAGCGGGGAGUCGAGAGCGGGGAGUCGAGAGCGGGGAGUCGAGAGCGGGGAGUCGAGAGCGGGGAGUCGAGAGCGGGGAGUCGAGAGCGGGGAGUCGAGAGCGGGGAGUCGAGAGCGGGGAGUCGAGAGCGGGGAGUCGAGAGCGGGGAGUCGAGAGCGGGGAGUCGAGAGCGGGGAGUCGAGAGCGGGGAGUCGAGAGCGGGGAGUCGAGAGCGGGGAGUCGAGAGCGGGGAGUCGAGAGCGGGGAGUCGAGAGCGGGGAGUCGAGAGCGGGGAGUCGAGAGCGGGGAGUCGAGAGCGGGGAGUCGAGAGCGGGGAGUCGAGAGCGGGGAGUCGAGAGCGGGGAGUCGAGAGCGGGGAGUCGAGAGCGGGGAGUCGAGAGCGGGGAGUCGAGAGCGGGGAGUCGAGAGCGGGGAGUCGAGAGCGGGGAGUCGAGAGCGGGGAGUCGAGAGCGGGGAGUCGAGAGCGGGGAGUCGAGAGCGGGGAGUCGAGAGCGGGGAGUCGAGAGCGGGGAGUCGAGAGCGGGGAGUCGAGAGCGGGGAGUCGAGAGCGGGGAGUCGAGAGCGGGGAGUCGAGAGCGGGGAGUCGAGAGCGGGGAGUCGAGAGCGGGGAGUCGAGAGCGGGGAGUCGAGAGCGGGGAGUCGAGAGCGGGGAGUCGAGAGCGGGGAGUCGAGAGCGGGGAGUCGAGAGCGGGGAGUCGAGAGCGGGGAGUCGAGAGCGGGGAGUCGAGAGCGGGGAGUCGAGAGCGGGGAGUCGAGAGCGGGGAGUCGAGAGAGAUGAGUAAAGAAGUAACUGUUGUUAAAGAUGUGCAAGCUAUUAACACUGCUUGGCACAAGCUGUCAAUUGAAGAAUGCUAA